AGCCACACCUCCUUUUCAAUUAGGAGGCCAUGCAUCAAAACAGUGUAGCGUUUUGACUCGUUUUUGGUGUAAAAGCAACAGAAAGCAGCCCAUAAUUCUCCUCUAUCUGACUCAUAAUGGAGGCUGGAGCCUACACAGCUGGAAAGAGACACCAUUCUUCCACAGAUGAAGAUACUGAGGACGCUAGUGAGCCUGAGCUCUUUAAAAUGGACGGGCCUGAAGGAAGCCAAGGCAGCAGUUCUUAUAAAGAGAAGAUAGCAAUUCUAGAGGAACAUUUAAAACAAGUCAAUGAAGGUACUUUCCCCGAGUAUGUACGUCGGCUGCAGGAGCUUAAGGAACUAAGAGACAAGAGGAUCUUCAUGGCCGAAAUAUUCAAAGAAUAUGAACUUAAUGCAGCGAAGGAGGAAUAUGAUAGAGAAAGAUCUCAAGCUAUUUUAGAGUGUGAGACUAAAAGAUCAGAUUUAAAAGAUAAUUUGCUGAUGGAAUUGCAAGAGAAGAAGAAAACUGUUGAAAACUUGAGAUCAUCAAUGGAAAUAACUACAGGAGCUUAUCUGUUUGAGCCCAAGAUGAUGGUAACUAGGAAACUCCGUAGACGGAAUUACGAAUCUUUGCCAUUACCUGAAAAGAGGCGGAGGUCUUCACCAUUCUUUUCGACGUUAGUUUAUGAGUUAGACGAGAAUGAUAUUGAGGAAGAUUUGAAGUAUAUAUGCAAGGGUAAGACCACACCUGUUAGCUCACUAGUGUCCGGUAGACCGACUGUCUCCGCCCCUGCUCCUUCUCUGACGGUUGCAUCACCAGAAGUGGUAUAUGAUGUAAGGGUUGAAGAUGGUAAACUUCAUUAUGAAGGAAAGAGUUAUGGAAAGAAUCAACAUGUGAUUGUGGAGUCUAAAGAAAGAGGAUCAGAAGCUGCUGUAAUAUCUUCAAUAUCACACAGCGAAAUUAUUGUCAAGCUACUCCCUGAACAUGCUAAGCUACGUAUUUACCUCUCACACUUAUCUCGUGGUAGAUAUAUCAUCAGAAAGAAGAACUCUUAAACUCCUCUCCCUCUCUCUCUUUCCAUAUAAACUCAUUAUAAUUCAACUUUUA